AAAGUCUCGAUUUAUCAAGUCUAGAGAAUGUCAGUAUCUAAUUUUCUUUCUCAUUUGCAUUUAAAAAUGUAUGCGAACAGAAUCUAUACUAAAAUGUGGUCUCCAUCCUCACUUCCCCGCCAACAUCUACUAAUUAUAUCACUGUUAAAAAAACAAAAGAAAAUCUAAACGUUAUACCAAACGACAUCGGUUAAACCCCCAUCUCCACUAAUAAACGGCGUCGUUUCACUCUGCUGCAAAAAAUAAGAAGCAGCGCUAAUUAUAGUGAAACCUCACAGCUCCUCCCGCUCUGGCAAACGAUGAGGUACACUUUCGAUUUCACUCACUCCAAAAUGGACUCUCCUUCUUCUUCUUCUUCUCGUCAAUCCCUAACUCCUAAAGAGGACAUCCAGUGGGUCCCACUCACCUCUCACCCGCUCUUCGCCACCACCACCGGCACAGCCGCCGCUGCUACUCCGCCGAGGAACUUAUUAGCAUGGGACGGUUCUUCCAGGUUAUAUUAUUGGGAUUCAAACAAACAAUGCCUUCACCGAAUCUCUAUUCGUCUCGGCGAUCCUGAACCUACUUCUGUUUUCGCUUCUAUUCCCUCUAAGGUGUUGCGAGCAGAUGUAGAUAUCAACUUUGUAGUUAAUAAUAUCUCCAUCAAUAAAAACGGCACCGCGUUGUUUCUAUCUGGUUCAGAUGGAUUAUGUGUCAUAUACCUGUAUGGACGUGCUAAUGCUAAAGAUAAUGCGAUUAUUUGCAGGACUGUUUCAGUUGGUUCACAAAUUUAUUUCAAUGAAAAUAGUGUGAUUCGUACACUUCAAGUUCUGUGGCAUCCUUAUAGUGACUCGCAUUUGGGAGUUCUUUCUUCUGAUUCUGUUUUUAGACUUUUUGAUUUGUCUUCAAAUGUCCUGCAACCGGAGCAGGAGUAUUAUCUACAGCCAGUUGAACCAGGUAGAUCCAGAAAUGCCUCGUCAAUAUGUCCUGUAGACUUUUCAUUUGGAGGAGACCACUUGUGGGACAGGUUCAGUGUUUUUAUAUUAUUCAGCGACGGUUUGAUUUACAUCCUUUGCCCAAUUGUUCCUUUUGGAAGUGUCCACAAAUUGGAAUCAGUAUUGGAGAUAUAUAGUGAUGCUCAGACAUUUGGGCUUAAAUCAACAAAUCAGACAGCUGUUAGUAAUUCUAAUUUUGCAAUAUCAUGGUUAGAAGCAACAUUUCCCGAGUUAAAUGACGAAGCAAUUGAACGGGAUGAUCUAUUGACUUUAAAAGCUCGCCCCUAUGCUUUAUUUGACGCAUCACUUUGUUUACAGGGCCCUCUAAGAAAAGUACAUGGUGGGGAAGAUGAAUAUUCAGCUGUUAGAGGUACGCAAUGUGAAGGUUGUGCUAUCAGUUUUCUCUAUAACAUAGUCAGCAAAGACUCAAUUCUGGUGACUGCAUGGAGUGGGGGGCAAUUGCAAAUAGAUGCCCUAGCUGAUGAAAUCCAGCCAGUCUGGACAGUUGGUAGCCCACCUCGUCUUCAUGUUGAUUCCCAUGACCAUAUCCUUGCUGUUGCUAUGAUAUGUGAAUCAAUUUCCGGCGAGAUUCCUGUUGUGAAGCUUGAUCAGCCUCUUGAUCAUACUGUUUGGUUAGGUCAUCCACCUCCUUUGUUGAGACUUGCAAUUGUGGAUUUGGCUUUGCCGAGGAAAAUGGAAAGUGGAUCUAAAAUAACAAUGUUUGCUGAUCCUCUAUUGCCUGAAAAAAUCUAUUCUGUUCAUGAUGGUGGAAUUGAUUCAAUAUUGUUGCAUUUUCUUCCAUUUACAAGUCAAUCCUGUGGCAAGGAUGAGACAUUAAGAACUCCAUCAGUGCAUCCUCUGCUUAGCACACGCCAGGCCGAUAACUCCUCGCCUCUAUGCGGUUUCGUCACACUAUCCGAUGCAUUUGGAUAUUCAUGGAUUAUAGGAGUCACCUCCAUGCAAGAAUGUAUUGUGCUAGAGAUGAAAACUUGGGAUUCAUUGCUUCUGAGUCAUGUCGAUGUGGAAAAGAAAUCUCCAGGAUCUGAAGAACGGAAAGAGGGAAAUACUCUAGACAUCAUAAGCAAAGAACUUCUUAGUGGUCCUAAGGUGGUUCUUCUUCCUCAGGCCUCACCAAAUCUUAGAUCUGUUGCUGCUGAUUCUAUCGAAGGUCGAUCAGCUCUGCAUCAGUAUUUCAAGCUUUUUCAUGAAAAUUACGUCGAAUAUGCUCAUAAGGUUUAUUUUGAGCUCAAGCACCAUGAGCCUCAGUUGAAGAGAAUCAUUGAUGACCAAAAUGCUCGCUUGGAUGCAGCAGAAGAGAAGUUGUUGAAAGUGGAGGAGAAACAAUUGGGGUUGGAUGACAGGAUUGGUCAUGCAAUCAAUGCACACAGUCUUCUUGAACAACGGUUGCAACAUUUAAGGAAUUUGCCCGGUGCCCACAAGAAACCUUUGUCAAGAGCAGAGCGUGAAUUUAAGUCUGAGCUUGACAACUUUACAGGAAUUGAGUUGGAUGCUUUGCGUACUUCCAUUGACACUUUAAGAGCAAGGUUAAAAAGGUUCACGCAGUCUCCAAGAGCUAAAGUAUUGAACCAGCAAAGGCAGAUGUCAGGGAAGAACUAUGUCCGAGAUGUCCAAAUCUCCCAGCUGAAAUCUUCACUUGCAAAACUCUCACUUGUCAAUAAUGAAAAUUCAAAAAAGGUUAAGCUUGUUGAAUCUGUAUUAAAAAGUCAGGAAAGCAGUAAAUGAGGAAAUUUGUUGUUGUUGCCCACAGAAAUAUAAGAUCAGCCUUUUGGUCCUCCGCCUAAGACACUAGAGUCCAAUGAAGGUCCAUAGUACAAGAGUUGUCCCAUUGCUUACAGGUGUUUUGUUCUUUAAUAUUGGACUCGCCUGUCAGACUAACAAUAGGAAAGUAUCACAGUGCUUUUAGGUGCUUCGGUGCAAGGUUCCGAAGUUGGCGCUGUCUAUUUUGGCAUGCUUAAUUUGCAUUCUUGAGGAACUUGUAGUCUUUCAGAAAAGUAUAUACAGGUCAGGCAUCCUCUUCAGAUUUGUAUACACUCUAAUCCCUUGUAUCCAUUACUGUUUGUGAUAUUUGAUUAUGAAAGUAUAGCCACUUUAUUGGUUUGUAUGA